UUCUCAACUGACCCCAAACAAAAAGCGCUUCCUUUCUACACAAACACUGUCAGGAAUUUUUAGAAGAUUCCAACUCUGCAAACCAAGACGAUCUCCGAGAUAGAUAGGUACGAAUUCUUGGAGCUUUUUGACGUGUUGGGUUUGUCUCCCUGCUCGAUUUGGUGAUCUGGGUGCUGCUGCAUUUGCCCAGUAAAAUUUAAAGGUUGAAGCUUUGAUAUAAAGUAGGCUGCUUUAAUCUGAAUUCUGCUCAGUUUUUAAGGGGUUGAUUGUGUUCUGAGUUCUGACUAGGGUUUUUUGUGAAUUGGGUGGUGCUUGGAUUUUGAGUUUAUCUCAACUGUUGUUUUCAGUGUAGUUUUGGUGACCAAGUACACCAGUAUAGAAGACUUUAGUUUUACCAGGUCAGUUUGAAUUGGGGGUUUUCUGGCAUUUUGAUAUAUCAGAGAAUUUUAGCCCCAUUAUUACUUGGUUGUGGUCAAUUCACUAUUUGGCAGACAUUGUGGGAUCGAAUUUUUGCUUUUGUAAUGGUAGCUGAUCUAUGAUUCUGUUACUGAAAGAGACCCUUUUUGGCUCUGGAUUUUGAGAACUAGUAUUGAUGGAACCUAUAACAAUCCAAAAUUAGGUAGACUUUGCAUUCAAUUUAAUCCAAAAUGUCCUCAACAACAUCACCUUCUCCAAAUUCUUCACCUUCUGCAAACCCUCCAUCAAAUUCCAACACUUCUGCAACCAAUGACACCUCUUCCCCUCCUCCACAGUCCUCCUCCUCCCCUCCUCCAACCGCCGCAGCCGCUCCCCCUCCGGCUUCCUCACCCCCACCACCUGUACCAUCAUCCCCGCCACCAACUGUAGCAUCUCCUCCACCAGCUUCACCACCCCCGGCGUCUCCUCCUCCUCCUCCCAAGUCUCCCACUUCCCCUCCUCCAGCUCCUCCUGCUUCACCUCCUGCAGCGUCACCGCCGCCUCCAACGCCAACUACACCGCCCCCGGAGGCACCAGCGUCCAAUGUGUCCCCACCGCCACCAUCAGGAGGCUCCCCUCCCUCCCCAACACCACCAUCAGACCCCUCACCGCCAACUGACUCCCCUCCUCCUCCAGCUGUUCCAUCACCACCUCCAUCCAAGUCUCCACCACCACCAAAAGCGCCAGAAAAGUCUCCUCCCUCCCCAACUGCACCACCUCCAUCUGAUCCUCAGUCUGCUCCGCCACCAGUGGUCAACACUCCUCCCAAGUCCACAUCACCACCGCCUUCUUCAUCAGUUCCCUCAUCGUCUUCCCCUCCUGCUGUUUCUCCUCCUGCUGCCCCUAGUAAUUCAUCGACUCCUUCACCAGCAGGGGUUCCUACAGAGAAGCCUACUGCAAAGCCAACUCCUGAUGCCAAUGUAACGGUAAAUGCCACUCCUGGAAAUGCAAAAGGAUUGAACACUGGUGGAGCCGUGGCGAUUGGAAUUGUGGUUGGAGUGCUGGUGCUCAGUCUUGUUGUGAUGGCCGUGUGGUUUGCUAAGAAGAAGAAGAAGAGAAAAAGUGGGUCAAAUCUUUACACCAUGCCUUCUCCAUUUGCUUCAUCCCAGAAUUCAGAUUCUGUAUUUUUGAGGCCCCAGUCUCCAGCUCCCCUUGUUGGAAAUGGUUCUGGUAAAGAAUUUAUGUAUGCACAAUCAGAGUCUGGAGCCAGCAAUUCAAGAUCAUGGUUUACAUAUGAAGAACUGAUCCAAGCCACAAAUGGAUUUUCAACACAGAAUCUUUUGGGUGAAGGGGGAUUCGGUUGUGUGUACAAAGGUGUCCUGGAAGAUGGAAGAGAAGUUGCUGUUAAACAGCUAAAAAUUGGUGGUGGACAAGGGGAACGUGAGUUCAGAGCUGAAGUUGAAAUCAUCAGCCGUGUACACCAUCGGCAUUUGGUUUCCCUGGUGGGUUACUGUAUAUCUGACCAUCAAAGGUUGCUUGUCUAUGACUUUGUUCAAAACGAUACCCUUCAUUACCAUCUUCAUGGCAAGGACAUGCCGGUUAUGGAUUGGGCUACUAGAGUCAAAGUUGCCGCUGGUGCAGCUCAUGGGAUAGCUUACUUACAUGAAGACUGCCAUCCUCGCAUCAUUCAUAGAGAUAUCAAGUCGUCAAACAUUCUUCUGGAUAACAAUUUUGAAGCUCAGGUUGCAGACUUUGGACUUGCAAAGCUAGCAUUGGAUACAAAUACACAUGUAACAACACGAGUCAUGGGAACAUUUGGAUACAUGGCUCCAGAAUAUGCAACAAGUGGAAAGUUAACAGAUAAGUCUGACGUUUAUUCUUAUGGCGUUGUACUAUUGGAGCUGAUUACCGGUCGCAAGCCUGUGGAUGGCUCUCAACCAUUGGGAGACGAGAGCCUUGUUGAAUGGGCUCGACCUUUGCUUACUGACGCAGUUGAAACUGGAGAUUUAAGUGAGUUGGCAGAUCCAAGGCUGGAAAAGAAUUAUGUUGAGAGUGAAAUGUUUCGGAUGAUUGAGGCGGCUUCAGCUUGUGUGCGUCAUUCAGCUACUAAAAGGCCACGAAUGAGACAGGUGGUAAGGGCUUUAGACUCCUUGGAUGAUACCUCAGAUCUCAGUAACGGAAUGAAACCUGGCCAGAGUGAAGUUUUUAAUUCUGCAGAUCAGUCUGCACAAAUUAGAAUGUUCCAAAGAAUGGCAUUUGCUAGUCAGGAUUACAGUACGAGUUACUUUAAUCAAAGUCAGAGUAGCUGGAAAAGUAGAGAUAACGGGGACCAAUCUCGGAGUAGCUGGAAUAGAGAUCAGCGGGAACAGAGUAGAGAGCAGGGGGACCAAACUCGGAGUACCUGGAGUAGAGACCAGAGAAACCAGGACACUGUAUUACCCAUAGAUAGAUCUGGAGGAUGGAACAUUUGACACAAUUUAAGGCACAUGUUGCAAUCUAGAGUUCUACCAACUAUAUUGGGGUGUUGGAACAAGGUUGUGCUCGUUUCUUGCAAAUCUUCUCAUUUUUCACAUGAUUUUUUGUGUUCUCUGCUAACAUGAGUUUGUUGCAAGGAUGCCCAUUUCUGUGUAUUCUUUUGUAAGGUAGGUUCAUUGAUACAGCAUUGUACGUAAGCUAUUAUUUGAGGUUUUUAUAUAAAUGGUAUGAUAUA